UCUUUGUUUCAACAGUUGUAAACGGUCGUUUUGGAGUUUAGGCAAACGAUCACAGCAACAACAAAAUGUAAAAAACCCAAAAAAUCAGAAGAAAUAAAAGAAGAGAGAGAGAGAGAGAGAGAGAGAAACCCCAAGGAAAGAAGGAGGCAUGAAGCCAGGCCAGCCGUAUGAUAUCUGGCUUUGUCUCUCCCUCUUUUGUCGGGCAUAGACAGAAAGACAGACAGAGACACCUGUGCCUGUGGUCCUGUGGUUUGUUCAAACCUGAAAUCACAGACAUUAACGCUAACAUAAAGCGUGCAAUUCAAUCAUGGGUCGGAAUGUUGGGAAGAAAGAGACCCAAUUGCACCAGGGAAAGGAGGAGAAGCCGCCUCAAACGCAGUCGUCUAAGGAGGAGGGACACCUGACUCCGGCUCAAUUGUCCAAGCCCAGGCCCAGGCCCAAACCCAACACCAACCCAAAACCUUCUCCUCUCAAUCCGGCAAAGCUGAAGAAGCCAAACAAGCCAAACAAGCCAAACGAGAAAGAAGUAGAGCAUUCCAUGCCCAUGAAGGAGCUUUCCAAUACCCAAAUUAAGAAUAUGUUGGGUCAAGCAGGGAAGUCCCCGGCCCUUAGCAAUACGCAGUAUGAGUUUCCAGUUGAUGGUUCACCCUCACGAGGUCAAGCAAAGUCAUCUGCUGUCAUUCAAGCACAGGAAGUUCGAUCAAAACUAGAGCCUCAAUUUCCUAGCUUCGUGAAAUCUCUGGUCAGAUCACACGUUGCUAGUUGUUUUUGGAUGGGGCUUCCUUCGCUGUUCUGCAAAUCACACUUACCAGAUAAAGAUAUUACAAUGACUUUGGAAGAUGAAAGUGGUAAACAGUAUCAGUUGAAAUACAUUGCAUACAAGACAGGACUCAGUGCUGGUUGGAGACAGUUUGCUGCUUCGCACAACUUGAUUGAAGGAGAUGUUCUUGUCUUCCAAUUAGUUGAACCUACCAAAUUUAAGGUUUACAUAAUAAGGUCAAAUGAUUUGACUGAAGUUGAUGGGUCUCUUGGGCUUCUAAAUUUGGAUAGUCAUACAAAACGAAAGGAUGCAGAUAAAGAUAAUGCAGAAACGGGCACUGUGGCUUGUAAUGACGCUACCAGGAAACGUGCACACUCUCCUCCUUCAGAAACGCAAAAGAAGAAAAAGAUUGGUUUGCAGCCGGUUGAACAAUCUGAAGAUGAUAGUGAGGAGGUUGAUUCGGAAGUUUUGGAAGAAUCGAAGUCACCAGACACAGCUCUUCAUUUUGAAGACAUCCAAAGUUUUGAGAACUUCAGCAUUCUAGUAAAUGGGUUGCUUGUAGAUUCCGAGCUCCCCAAAGAUGUAAGAAGAAAGUACUACAAGCUCUGCUGCAGCCAGAAUGCAUUUCUUCACGAAAACGUUGUCGAUGGCAUGAAUCAUAAAUUGGUUGUAGGUGCUAUAUCUGAAACCGUAAAUAUUGCUGAUGCCAUCAAAGCUUGCAAACUUACUACGACUCGGGAUGAUUUUGUGUCUUGGGACAAAUAUUUAAAGGCCUUUGAGUUGUUGGGGAUGAAUGUUGGAUUUUUACGUGAUCGGCUAUGCCGGCUUGCAAACCUUUCCAACGACUCUGGAGCUGCUGUGGAGGCAAGGCUGUAUAAAGAAGCUAAAAUUGAACGAUCACAAGCAGGAAUAGGAAUAAGAAAUAUUGAGGUAAAGCUUGAGGAAUUGAGGGAUGUGUGUGAUGAAUUUGGUGCUGCCAUUGAGAGUCUGAGAUCAAAAGCUGAGGUCUACACGAUCAAAUUCCAUGAAGAGGUUACUGCUCCAUGGUAACAAUGUUAUUGAAAAGUAUAACAUCCUCUUCUUUUUGGGGUUUUGGUUUCUUUCUUUUUUCCCCCCUGGUUUAAACGCGUCUCGAGCACUAACUUGUAGUCUAUAAUCUGUAACCCAAAAGAUGGCUAAUUGGGCUUUGUGUGGGUGUGGAAACGAUUAGCAAGUAGUAAGUUGAGAGGCUUUGUGAACAGAAGCUCUAUGAGUGCAGAUUACGUAAAAUCAAUAGGCCAUGACUUAAAUAGUUCUUCUCUGGAGAUGACAUUCGUUCUUUAUUAAAGAAUAAAUUGUCGAUAUGAUAUAUCUUAGGACAUACAUGUGAUCAAUACAAAAUCCGUCAUUCAUUUAACAAAAGACGGACAUCCCGCACAGAGAAUUUUUUAUGACUUGUGCUCAUCUCGUAAUUCUAGUUACAAAAGAGGAGGUUGCCCUACCUCAAUGAAUUUCCAUGACCAAAUAUUAUUAUAGAGAGGCCAUGACUUUGGGCCUGGUGUGAUGAGAGUAACCAGCUGACUAGAA